CCAUAUAGUCUGAUCCUUUUUAGUUUAAUAAUUAAUGAUUUGUUCCUCCAGGUUGGUACAUGGGGUCAUGGCAUCUCUAUUUGCAGAUGAUGGUGCUUUGUGGAAAAGACGGACAAAAGUAUCGUAUGCAGAAGUUAAGAGUAUGAAGAAGACUGCGUAUCAAUGGCUAAAAAAUUUCAACUGGAUCCUCACCACAUUUUUGGUUUGUGCCGGGAAGUGAAUGACAACUUGCACUUCUUGGACGACCAUAUCAUCAUUUUCCCCAGUGGAAAAUACUGUGUGCGAUACAAUAUAUUUCACAAAUGUAGCACAUUCAUUCCAGUUGCAAAGGAAAGCAAAGGCAUCCAGGCACUGGCUAUGAGCCCCAACCAGCACUACCUGGCUGUAUCGGAGCGCAGCAAACAGGGCAGUAUCAUCAUCUAUGACCUUCAAACCCAUGAGUGCACCAAGAGACAGGUUCUGACGGGUGGUAAGAUCAGUGUGGGGAACUUUGUCUGCAUGGCUUUUUCUUCUGACUCCAAAUACCUGCUGGGUCAGACUGGAGGACCAGAUUGGACCCUCUUUUACUGGGAAUGGGAGAAGAAUAAGGUCAAUGCCCAUGAGAAAAUCAUGAGGAUCAGCAGUGUCAAUCAGGUCAGCUUUAACCCCAUGGACAACACACAGGUCUGUGUGAAUGGAAAAGGAGUCUUCAAGACCUUUAAACUGGAGCAUGGCAACCUGAAUCAGUCCAUAGUGAUUAACACACAACCUGACAUCAUCCUGUGCCACACAUGGAUGUCUGAGGACUGCAUUGUCGCAGGAACAGAUACUGGAAAACUGCUACUGCUGAAGGUGAAGUCCGGACGCAAGCACGAGUUGGGGAGGCCGUACGAGAGCCAAACGGAGAAUACGGACACUGGUGCAAUGGCUUCCAUGUUCCCGCAUAUUACCGCCAUCACACGGUACUCUAGAGGCUUCGUCUGUUCAGUUGGACCGGGACUAAUUUUCCUCUAUGAUAAAAUGAAGGAGAAGAACAGCUACAGGAAGACCAUGGAAAUAAGAAUUCCUCAGGACCCGUGCCUUCGGCAAAGUCAGGCUGAGCAGCAGGAGAUCAAGUCCAUAUGCAUGAGUCCAGCGGAGGAUAAUCUGGCCGUUACCACAGACCAAGGCCAAAUCUACUAUGCCAACCUCGAAUUAGAUGAGAUCAGCAAGAUUGAUGAGGCCAGCUUUCAGUUCCUGUUUCACUCUUUUCACACUGGGAGCAUCACCGAUCUGUCAGUCUGCGUGUCCAGACCGCUCGUUGUCACCUGCUCAAAGGACAAAUCUGUGCGCAUCUGGAACUUCGAGACCAAGUCUCUGGAGCUGUAUAAAGAUUUUCCUAAAGAGCCGCACUGCGUGGCAUUUGACCCGCACGGCUUCGCCAUCCUAGUCGGCUUCUCCGAUAGGCUCUGCCUCAUGAGCCUUUUAGUGGACAAAUUACAAACAGUGAAGGUGUUCCCCACAGUCUCCUGUACACAGUGUGUGUUCAGCCACGAUGGUAACACGUUCGCCGCCGUCAGCAUCAAAGUGAUUCUCAUUUAUAAUGUGAGAACACAGAAAAAAGUGGAGCUUAGGGGUCACCGUAAGGAGGUACUGUCUGUGAAAUGGAACGAAGAUGACAGCCGUCUCCUGUCUUGUGGCAUGGACGGAGCCAUAUGCGUGUGGAACGUUCUGACUGGCGUAUGUGAGUCUUACACUGUCCAGAAAACCUGUAUCUACAGAGAUGUGAUAUUCUCAACCGCCAGUGGGAACGUCCUCGCCGUAGGCAGUGAUUUCAAACUGAAGGAGUUUCACAAUCAACAGAUCCUAAUGGAACUGGCCUCAGAUGGCGUUAAUUACACAGCCAUCUGCAUGCCUAGUUCCGGCAAAGCGGUCUUUGUUGGAACUGUUACUGGUUCUGUCAGGGUCAUGCAGUACCCGUUACAAGAGGAGGAACAAUGGACAGAGUAUCAGGCCCAUUCAAGUUCCAUCACCAAGAUGGUCAUAACACCUGGUGAUCGUUUUCUUUUGACGGCCUCAGAGGAUGGCUCCCUCCUCAUCUGGAGAGUCACUGACGAUCUUGGACGCAACUUGUAUAUAAAAGAAUUAAAGUACACCGGGGUGGUCCUCUGUGCCAAGUCCUACCUGGAAGAAAAGGAAAAGAGUUUAGAAGAGGCUAAGCACCAGCUAGCAUGGCUAAAGUUUGAGCAGGAGCAGAUGCAGCAUAUGAAGGACAGGACCUACACACACAAGCUUCAUGCGAUCGAGCGGAAUUACCUCCGGCAGUUUGAGAAAAUGAAGGCCAAAAACGAGGCGCUGAUUGCUGAGAACAAGAGGCAGAAGGCCUUGCUGGCCGAGAUAACGGCAAAACACGCCAAAGAGCUGGAGGAUGAAAGACAAACCUACGAACAAAAGCUGUGUGCGGAAAAUGAAAGUCACUGGAAGAUGCAGCAGAGAUUAACUGAGACUCUGAAGGCGAACUAUGAAAAGAAACUUAGCCAGCAGGAGGAAAGCCAUAACAGUGCCAUAAGAAAGAUGAAAAGGUCCCAUCAGGACGAACUGCUGGAGCAACAGGCCAAGUUCGGGGAGACUCAGAAGUUGUUAAAGUGUUCUGUGCUCAAAGGAAUUGACCCGAUGGAGGUGGCUAGAGAAUUAGAAAAUGAAUUGGAUCUUGCACAGCAGCAGGUGAAGAGGUUUGAUGACUUAAAAAUGGAGUUGCGGAAUCGAGACGCGACCAUCCAUAAGCUAAAGGAGGAGCUGAAGAGAAUGCAGUUUGUGGCAAAGAAAAUCAAGGAUCUGACGAUGGAAAAAGAGGCACAGAUUAAGACUAUCAGUGAACAGAAAAGCCAUAUCUUAACAUUGCUGGCGAAGCUUGAGAAGUUCAACAAAGGACAAGGCAUUGACUAUUUUACGCUGCAAAAACGGUUGGCUCAGAUGAGACAUGAACGAGAUAAUCUGAAGAAACUUGACCUAUCAAAAGACGUCAAGCAAAUGCAGCAGAAGAUCGACGAGAACAAAAUAGUCAUCAGAGAGCUCAAGGCCGAGGCGAUGAGGAACAACACAAUGAACAGGGAGAUCAUCGAGGACCUGAAGAAGAGGCUGACAUUAAAUGAUGAAGAGCUGACCAGGGUCAGGUGCACGAAUACUCUGGUGGAAAAGAUGAGGGCCGACAUCCAAAGAGGCUCCAACUUCCUCGAUCAGCCGAAGAUGCUGAAAGAUCACUUCAUAAGACUCCAGAAAUUGUACGUCCUUAAAACCGAAAACGUCCAAAACUUGUCAAGCAGCGACGCCCCCAGGGGAGUCACUAAAGGAAGCUCUUCAAGAGUCCGUAGGGUCGGUCAAGCUCCGACACGCAGAAAUCUAGACCGUAAGAAGAUCCUGGGUAGAGGUGAAGGCGCAGGAUGAUGUCAGAGUCAAAGGUCAAAGUCAAAGAUCCCUCUAUCAAAGGCAGGAUCCGUGCCUCUGUGUUCAACACGAGCUCUAUGAAGACAUGGCUUUUCAAUGUCGGAGUGGAAGAACUUCAGGAGCCUGUACUGUUCAGAUCCCUGACCUCAACUUCACUGGACACCUUUGAGAUGAACUUUCAUGACAAAAAGGAAGAUUUUUUUUGUUGUGCAAUAGAUUCUAUCCCCAAGCCAUCAGGCUUCGGAACCAACAGAACUGAACUACACCAAAAAACAUCCUGUGAACUACACUGGACUGUACAAAUCACAACAUUUUAAUACCUCAUAUAACUGCUGCUACUAUAUAAGAACAAUAUACUUGUGUACUUUGUCUUGUAGUGAUUUGUAUUGAAUGUUUGCCCUGCCCUUGUCUCACACAGGUUGCACAUGUUGCACUUUAUUUCACUAGGACUUAAAACAAUACAGAGCUAUGGACUUAUGUUUUGUUUUAUGUAGUUUUAUGUUGUUUUUUGUAGCAUCACGGCCCUGGAGAAACGUCGUUUCUUUUCAGUGUGUACUACAUCAGCUAUAUAUGG